UACGUAGCUGCCGAGCUAGCUGACAUGAAAGUCUGAAUAACGUUACAAAGCCUCACGGUCCUUUAUGAACCAACAUUUAUGGGAUUCCUCUCAUAACGUUAUAUUUCCACUCGCUCGUCGUUUACUUAAGUCGCUCUUACAGAUGUUUGCGGGAUCACAUCGCGGCACACGGAUGGAUUAAAAUGUUUUCCCUGAUCUGUUAGCAAGCCUUAUGUUAGCUAACCGGCUUCUGUUGCUCAGCUGGUAAAGACAUUGUUUUGCGCAUCAUCCCAUCAUCAUGUGACAAGAUUUCUAUGCCAUGACUAGCUGAUAUUCUGGACCACUAUAGUUGCAUAGGAAGGACUCGAAUACUCAUGGAGUUAAUGUUUCAAGUUAUUGCUCAUAUGUAAGCAACAGUGACAAUAAUGGACAAACAGCCAGUGGUGAUCUGAAGAGCUGUUGAAUAACUGAGAACUCCUCACAAGCAGGACACCAUCAACACCAUUAUCAUUCUCAUUCCUCUACUCGAGGUGCGUCUUGAGACAGUCAGCCAUUUGGUUCCCUGGCAUCUCACUCCUGCCUCAUGAUGUCUCUGCCCAAAGACAUGGGAGAGCGAGGCAAGGACAGGGAGCGUGGUGCCCGACCCAAGGUCCGGCAGAGUCGCUCCGAAGAGAGGAGGGAAGCGGGCGGGGAACGAAAGGGCGGACGACGCAAGAAAAAGGGCUUGCCCUCGCAAGGCAUGGUCAUGGAGAGACCGGUCAGUGACGGAUUCGAGUACGGUGACCAGCUUGGUGGCCUGAUGAGAGAGGGCGGCUCCUCGUCGCCGGCACGGGAGCGGAGGAGGUGGCCGGGCUUAGGGGGCGAAAGGAGCACGGCAAGGCUGGCGCACGCCGGCGCGUACGGGGCAUCCCUCUCCGAGCUGCCCACCCAGGAGGCCGAGGGAAAGGCAGGAGCGGGCGGGGGCAGUGGCAGCGGCAGCAGCAACAGCAGUAACAGCGGCAGCCGCACCCUCCGGCAGAAGAUCCAAGACGCGGUGGGCCAGUGCUUCCCGAUCAAGAGCCACAGCACAGUGUCCUCCGCUCACAUCUUCUCAUCUUCACCUGUUGGCUCAUCUUCCUCCUCAUCCUCUUCAUCAUCCGCCUCCUCCUCUUCGUCACUGUCUGCCUCUUCACGCCGCAAGAUCCACCUGAGCGAGCUGAUGCUGGACAGCUGCCCUUUCCCGGCCGGCUCGGAGCUGGCGCAGAAGUGGUACCUCAUCAAGCAGCACACGGCACCCAUCUCCCAGCCACCGCUCCUGGAGUCCUCGUCUCUGGGCGGCUCGGUGGAGCUGGCUGUGGGCUCGUGUGCCGCCGCCACGGCCUCCGGUUCGGCCGCUAGUGGCACGGUAGAGGACGAAGACGAUCUCCUCCGUGAGCGCCGGCGGAUCAGCAUCGAGCAAGGCGUGGAGCCACCGCCAAACGCGCAGAUCCACACUUUCGAGGUGACGGCCGAGAUCAACCCGCUGUACAAGCUGGGGCCCAAGCUGGCCCACGGCAUGAAUGAGCUGGCUGGUGACGAGCGGGCCACCCCUGCAACAACAGCAACAACACAACAGCAACAACAACAGCAGCAGCAACAGCAACAGCAACAGCAGCAGCAGCAACAGCUCCUGCUACAGAGGCAGCAUCAGCAGCACCAGCUGCUCCUCCAAAGCUGCUUGGACACGCUGGACGAAGUGGCCGCCUCCUCUUCCUCUUCCGUGGCUGUGCCUGCCUCCUCCUGCUCCUCCGCUGCUGCUGCUGCUGUCCUGGGAGCCUCGUCCACCGACCUCGGCUCGGUAUCUGAGUCCUCCCCCUCCUCCCUGAGGGCCGGCGGCUCCCUGCUGACCUCCGCCAACGCUGACCCGGCUAAGCCCAAGGAGCGCUUCCGCGUCCACACGCAGAUCGACUACAUCCACUGCCUGGUGCCCGACCUGCUGCAGAUCACCAACCUGCCGUGCUACUGGGGCGUGAUGGACCGCUACCAGGCGGAGGCGCUGCUGGAGGGCAAGCCCGAGGGCACCUUCCUCCUCCGCGACUCGGCCCAGGAGGACUACCUGUUCUCGGUCAGCUUCCGCCGCUAUGGCCGCUCGCUGCACGCGCGCAUCGAGCAGUGGAACCACAACUUCAGCUUCGACGUGCACGACCCCAGCGUCUUCCACGCGCCCACCGUCACCGGCCUGCUCGAGCACUACAAGGACCCGAACUCGUGCAUGUUCUUCGAGCCCCUGCUCUCCACGCCUGUGCACCGCACGCAGCCCUUCAGCCUGCAGCACAUCUGCCGCGCCGUGGUCAGCAACCACACCACCUACGACGGCAUCGGCGCGCUGCCCAUUCCCAACGCGCUCAAGGAGCACCUCAAGGAGUACCACUACAAGCAGCGGGUGCGUGUGCGCAGGCUGGACACGUGGUGGGAGUAG